AGAAACAGAUACUAAUACUGAAGUAACAGUGCAGGAAGAAACAAGCCUUUUUAACUCAAUGGAGAUAUCGAAUAUUUACUGAACAUAAUUUUCUUAGACAUUGCAGGGCUUUGAAAUAGACAAUAGUGGAUGUAGUGCUAUUUCGCUUGCACAUGCACCAUCAAUAGAACAACUCCUGAAAUCGUGGCACGAAAGAAUUGCUAGCGAACAACAAGUGAAAGGAAAACAAAUUCAGCAGAUAUGUGAAGAACGCGGAGAUGCACAGGAACGUUGUCUCGUACAACAACAAAAGCAACAACGACAGCAACGUAUUACUUUAGAACUCCUUAGGUAUGUUUGGGAAGCGGGUAUUUAUUCGCCAAUUCUUUUGUCAUUCGAGCGGUUGAACUACUAUGUGAGCUUUGAACGCGACGAGUGUUGUAAGAAAAAACUCGUCCAGCGCAUUUGCCACCCUGUAUGGUACGACAUUCGCAAGAAACCGUUGACUCCGGUUUGCGAAUGGGCCACACAUGCUAGAAUCGGAGGUCUCCAUGCAGAGCUUGACUAUGUGAUGUUGGAACUUCUGCUACUAUUCAUUCCGGUAACCCAUUCAUUAACAUGCUAUAACGGCAUGAAAAUGUUGCGGAUGCAAUCCGUUGGUCAAAGCGUAGAGGAAUGCCCUUCCGGUGCCUACUGUUACAAUAUGACCGCUUCAGCUGCAUUGGUUGUAGACGUGGUGAAAGCCGGAUGUUCGACGUGGAGAUGCAUGGUUACAAGAGAGCUACCUCAACUUCCUUCGAGUGGUUCUAGUAAUGGAUGGGGCGGUGCCAGUGGCGGCGGCGGCAGCGAGAACGAUAAUGUAUACGACAGCAAUAUUGACAUCGAUAACAACAACAACCACAACAACUAUAAUGGUUGGGGAAACAAUAACGACGGUCGUGACUCACCAACACGUCCACCGUUUUCUGGAACGACAAGAAAUCUGAGUCCGAAACAAAUCGAGAAUCGAUUCAGGGAUUUUGACAUCGAUCAUCAUGGUAAUGGUGGCGGUAAGGAACUUUUUUUAUAUACUUUGAAUAUUGAAGAAUUAACUCACAAGGGGUCAGAUGAAUUGCAUUCAAUGCGUUUCCAUGCCGACUCAUUAUUUUGCCGCAAAAGUUCAUGUGCUAUGCUUCUGGGUAUUCAAUCCACAGUUCGUCCGGCUUUUAUAAUGUUCCAGAAGCGGUCCAUGAAUAACUACUGCUUACAUUUGGUAAUUUGCAGGUCACUUUCUUCUCUUAGGAACAAUUUUCCGACGUCCACCACAUGA